AUGGCGUCUUCGUGGAGCCGCCGGGGCCCGGGCGGCCGGCCGACCCGGCCGGUGGUGAGCGUGCGCGACGCGGCCAGCUGGCUGCGGGACUACCUCACGGCCAUCAAGCACGGCCAGUUCCACCCCUUCACGCCCAUCGAGCGCAAAACGCGGGAGGCGACGAGGAACGAGGCGUGGGGUCCCACCGGCACCUUGCUCAACGAGCUGGCGGAGGCGAGCGGCCAGUCGGAUUACUGCCAAAUCAUCUACGCUGUUCUGGAGGCGCGGCUGAAUUACCCCCCGGAGAAAUGGCGCAACGUUUACAAGGGGCUCCAGGUGCUGGAGUUUCUGAUCAAGCGUGGCAGUGAUGAGUGCGUCAUGCUGGCACAAGCGGAUCUCAGGCCAUACGUCCAGAAUGUCAAGAAUUUCGACUACAUUGGCCCCGAUGGCAGAGACUAUGGAAUAAACGUCCGUGUCAGGGCCGAUGCCAUCGUGAGGCUCCUGGACAGUGAACAAGAGCUGAAGCAGGAGCGCGCCCAGCUCCAGCGGCGGGCGAAGCAGUUCAAGGGCUUCUCAAGGGAAGACAUGGAAAACAACGAAGUCUUGGGGGACCUGGCUCCCCGUUCCAACAGCUGGGCUGGAAGCACGAGAAACGACGAUGGUGCAGCCCAUGAGCACUCCAAUUUCGAUGAAGAAGUGCAUGGGCAGGUUGAGAUGGCCAAGCACAAACGUGCUGGUGAGAUGAAGGGGGUGUCUGAAGCGGAGAACAAGAAGCUGCUGCGGCUCUUGAAGGUGCAGCUGGCCAACAAGGGCAACCGGCGAUGCGCCGAUUGCUUGGGCUCUGAACGCCCAAGCUGGGCGAGCAUCAACUGCGGUGUCUUUCUGUGCAUGAAGUGUGCAGGAAUCCACAGAGGCUUGGGAGUGCACGUGUCACAGGUCCGAUCAUGCACACUAGAUACUUGGCUUCCUGAGCAAGUGAAGUUCAUGUCACAGACCGGCAAUCGCAUUGCCAACAGUUACUGGGAGGCGAAGCUGCCCCCGAACCUGAAGCCUGGACCCGAUGACCCAAAUUUGGGAAGGUUUAUUCGGAGGAAGUAUGAGAACAGGGAGUGGGCAGACGGCCCUUGGCCUCCGCCCAGAGACUCCUCCUCCCAAAAUGAAAACACCCUGGCCGAGGCCUCAUCCGCCUCGAGCACUUCUGGCACGGCAAGGCCUGCGGGGCUUCGCAUCGCGAAACACCCAUCGAUGAGGUCCACAAAGCCACCAUUGGGGGUGGCCAGGCAGUGGGAAGGGACCGCAGACAGCCCAUUCGAGGCGGCAGCAGACUGGAGCUCAGCGGCUGGAGGCCACAGCGACUGGGCUGCCAGCGCGAAUGCAGAUCAGCAGGCUCCCAUGUCGUCAUUGGCUAUGAACCCCUUUGCUGGCGGGCAAGGGGCAACGAUGCCCCGCACCAUCUCCUACCCGAAUGAAGACUUGAUGCACUUUGGCGACAGUGGUGAUUUCGGGUCCUAUGCCAGUCAGGCUGCUUCCCAGCAACAGCUGCCUCAAGGAACCGCGCAACCACGGGUGCAGCUGAUGGAUAUGCUGUACGAGUCAGGGAGGGGUGGCAGGCAGCGUGGAUUCACAGAGCCCCUGGAGGGGGUGAUCAGGACCACAGAACUGAGGAUCGAGGAUGACGAUGUCAUUCACACCACUGAGCUCAUUCUGGACGACCUUGAUGCGGGAAUGGCAAAGCCCGCACUGUCGAGCGCAGACGGCAUCCUGCAGUCAACCUCAGACUACCCAGAGUUCUCAAGCUUCCCCUGGCUGGAGUCGGACAUGAAGGGUGCAUUCUCAUCGUCGCUGGACAGGGGCCCUCAAUCUGCAGGGAUCAAUGCGGGACAGAACCAGGACCUGCACAGCGGCAGCAGAGCCCAUGCCUCUGGAUCCGUGACCCCCGACUCGGACACGCCCCAUGUGUCAGUCAUCAUCACCGUCAACAACAAACGUGGCCGGGCCGGAUCAGCUCCGGUACCUGCAGCCCAGCCUACACAAGCCACUGCCCCAACGUGUGCCCACCAGAGCAUGCUGCCAGUGAACAGCGCUCAACCGUCCAUGCCGGCCUACCAGUCAGACGUCCCGUCACCCCCGCUGCCCUCCGCGGCUGCGCCCACAUCUGCACGGGACCCAUUGGAUGAGCUGUCGUCGACCAUGCACACCGACCUGAUGGAUGCGCCAGUGCAGCUGUCGUGGGGAUCAAGCAGAGGGGGCACAGUGCCACAGGCUCAUUCCACCAACCCAUUUGCGGGCCCCCCGCCUGUGGACCCCUCCUCCAUUCCCAAGGGAAACCCGUGGGGCCAGCCAGCACCCCUGGCUUCGCCCUCCCCUGUGUACAGCAGUGCAGAUCCAUAUUUCAUGGGCAGCCAGGUAGCCGCCCCACAAGGGGUGGUGAUGGGAGUCGCUGCCAGCAGGGGAAGGGAGGACGGAGCUUACAUGCCAGAUCGGAUGGCUGGGGUGCAGUCUUCUCACACCCAGGCGCCCUUUCAGCAGGCUGCUGAGUUUGGGCAGCCUUCCUCUGGCUCGUUCAAUCCCCAGGGCGGCGCCGUGUAUGCCUGGAGCUCGGGACCUGCCAGGUACGGCGCGGGGCAGGUGGGCGGCCAGCACGGGAGGCGAUCCUCAGGGGCGGGUGCGGGUGGGUCGAGCGGGGGUGCGUCUGAUGAGCUGGAGAGAAUGAUGUACUCGCAGGUCGAGGGGCUGUCGAUGCAGGGCGCCAAUGUGGGGACCAGGGCUUGCUUUUCGCCCCAGAAGAGGAUGAGCAUGGCAGAGAUGAGGAGUUACCGAGUCGGGGCCACGGGCUCCUCAGGUUCUGGCUGA